AUGCCACCUCCAACCGCAUACUCCAACUCUGCCAAGUCCAUUCUGGAGAGUAAAAGGAGAGAAGAAGCCAAUUCUCUCUAUGAAGAGAUGCGGUAUUUAAUGAAGUGCACGGAUCGCAUGUCGUAAGUUUUAACUUUUAUAUUUCCAAUUUCAUUUCUCGUUUUCAGAAUGGAAGACACCGUGGCCCGAGCAGUGGAGACAGUGACGGGAAAACCGUUCAACCCGGUCCUGUCAUCUGCGGCGACCUCUGAUGAAGUUGGGCCUAUCAAGCAAGACAGGAAGCUGUCGAAUGCCAGGAAGGAGCAACUGCGUCGGGACAAGCUUAGUCUCGGGAUGGAUGCUCUGAAAGCGUUCAUUGUGGAGAAUAAGUUGGGAACGAACCAACAACGGUAAGUGUAUACUUAUGCAUUCCCAUUGAGACCGUAUUGUGUUUCAGGCGGAAACUAGAGCGUCUAACCGUUCUCCGAAUCACCUGCGAACAUCUCCGUGCCACUUCCACACCGGCCAGCGUCUCAUCCGGCAAUGGGGCCACUUCCUCUUCUUCUUCUUCUUCUUCUCCUCCAACCUCCACUCCACCCAUUGCUGCACCGAUCGGAUCACUGCCACUUGUACCGAUGAUGCUCCCGUUCAUCUUCCCACUCAUUGCUCCGUGGACGUUCCCAAUGCUGCCGACUCUUGCUCUUCCUGCUUUCCCAGUCUCUGCUCCGUCCAUCGUAGAUCCGUCAGUUGUCGCUGUCGACGAGGACGAAGAUGCUGACAUCGUCCCUCGGUAACUGAUUCCGGAUCCUAAUUCAUCUGAUAAUUUUACAAUCUUAACCCAGUCUAUUGUUCCUGUGAGUUGCUUAUAUAUCCCUCAUUUUCCUUCUGUUAAGUAUCUGUUCAAUAGUCAUAAAGUUUUUUUGCAAACCGAAUCAGAGAGUUGACUCACUAACCCUCCCCCCAUGAGCUUUUCGCCUUCUCCAUUCCGAAUUCAUCCAAAUUAGCGGUUUCGAAGCAACAGCUUUGCCACCUGCCCACCUCCACGUUAAUCCGACACCGAUAGGUACGUCCCUAUCAGCCGAGCAAUUAGUGACCGCCUGACUCAAGCUUGUGUAUCCUCAUUUGUGAAAAUGAGCGCUGGUCCCCACGAGUACGCGUGUAAAACGUGCGGCUACACGUGUACCAGCAAUUCCGACUUUCUAAUGCAUCUUAUCGCGAAAUGUCAAAAGGAAUCUUCGACGUCUUCUGAUGUGAGUCAGACAAAAGAGCUACCUUUACAUCUGAAAGCCCACUCGUACGGUCCGAGAAUACAUUUCACUUGCGAAAUCUGUGGCAGUGGAUUCGCGGUGUCCAACCAGUUGCGCCAGCAUCAGAAGCCCUCCUCCAUAGAAUCUCUGUUCGUUUGUGAUCUUUGCGGAGUCACGGCGGUCCGGCAAGUUUGUAUUAAGGUUGGUGAAUGGUCCCGGAAGUUGUGAAGCACAUUGAUUUUCCAGAAACAUCAAAAUUUACAUCACAAGGAUUCGAUCUUCAAUGGAUCUAGCCUUCAACCCAAUUAUUUCAUUUCUUCGGUGAGUUUGUAUGGAUCUUAUUCAUUGUCAAGCCAUUUUUGUUUCAGAAACUCAACCCAGAUGUGAUGAGAUGUCCGUAUUGCCCGCAAAUCUGUACAGACGAGCAAUUAUUCAAGAGCCACUUGCUCUCACACAAAAAGAAAAUCCCUUGCAAGGUCAGGGAGCACUAGCAUUUUUCAAAUAAUCAGUCAAUGUUUCAGGAGCGUCGAAAACAGUACGCGAAUAGUAAAAUGAAAAGAGAAGUGGUGUCAGAAGUGAGUACGCAUCGGCAUUGUCUUAUCUUCAUUCCUUAUUUGCAACACAAUUCUCUUAUCUCCCGCACGGGCUCUCUUUAUUUGUGCAGAGGGAGGUCUUCUUCUUUCUCUUCUGGUUUUUCCUUGAUAAUUAUUAGUUUCUAACGGCCUAGGACCUGAACCGAAUCUUCCAGAAAGUCGACUUCAACAAAAUCUUCAGUUGGGACCUUCCCCCCUAUUCAUCCAGCACCGCUUCUUCUUCUUCCUCCGGCCCACCAAUGAUCCCUUCCAACUACCCGUUCCCGCCAGUCCAACUUCCACCUGGAUACAUUCCGAACCCUCAACAACGACCUCCAACACAUCCUGCCUUCAAUUUGAUCAAUAUUGGUGCUGGUCCUCAACCUCAGCCUGGCCCAUCCAUUCAGGUUUGUCAAAUUUCUUGUAAACGUUGAUUCAACGUCUAGUUUCAGCCGGCACAAACAUUCCACGAUGCAUCUGAAGUGAACAUGGUCCCUGCCAGUCAGAAUGCACCUCCUACCGAGUGGUAUUAUCGGAUUCCAGUGUGCAGACACGGAAACAUUGGACGAUGCUAUGUCUGCCACACUCCUGGCCUCACGGACUUCCUCGAUCGGCCCAGAAACUAA